CCCCACCACUUCCCACUCACCCAACCUGCACAUUCUACAAACACAAGAUGACAGGCAGAGACUUAACUCCUCCCUUCUGUUCCUCAUUUCUUCGCUAUCUUCUCUUCUUCAACUUUAAAAUUUUAACAAGUAUACUAUAGUGAGAAAAAUGUGUGUGUGAGUGAUUCUUAUACUCCAAACCACAAAGAUUCUUUCCCCGCUUCCCGUAAACUGCUGCUUCAUUUCUAAACCACUGGUGAACUCUAGCUAAAAUUAAUUCGAUUUCAGAUGUGGGUUUGAGUUGGCAGAUGCUGAUAUACAUUGCCUGUGGAAUUUAGAAUCAUAUACUUAUAUGUCGAGUUCUAUCUGAUACUUUAUGUGUUCAGAUGUUGGAUAGAAGCUUGCAAAUGUCGCUGAAUUGCCCAUCUUACUUAUUAGUUAGGCAGAGAACUCUUUGUUAUAAAAGGUUGAAUCCAGUUCGUGCUAUGCCCCCAUCUUCAGUGAUCUUACACACUGAUGAAAGUGGGAAAUUUCCUGAAUCUAGGAAAACUUGUAAUUCAUUAAUAGCUUCUUUAAGCAGCUAUGAUGGGCCCUUGCUCAGUGCUCCUAAUACUGUGGGAAUACUUGGGGGGUUAUCUGUUGAUUCUACUCUAAAUUUCUUGAGAAAAUUAGUACAUUUGAGCAAAGAGAACGAAGUGAAAUGUAUGCCUUUUGUUGUUUGCUCUGAUCCAGUUUUGAAUAGGGAGCUUUCAUCACUGGAGAGGAGUUUGUCUUCCCUCUGCAGUAGAAAUGAACCUUCACAAUCCGAUCAUACCCGCAUUGUCGAAAAUCUACGGAGUAAAAGGGUUUUCCUUGAGAAAUCAGGAGCUCACUGCAUUGUAAUGCCUUGCCAUAUUUCUCACUCAUGGCAUGAUGAAGUGUUUAAGGGGUGUUCUGUUCAUUCACUUCACAUGGCUGAGUGUGUUGCUAGGGAGCUUAAGGAAGCUGGGUUGAAGCCACUGGAAACCGGGAGCCCUUUGCGUAUCGGGGUUCUCGCCACUGAUGCAACUCUAAAAGCAGGGUUUUACCAAGAGAAACUGCAAAUUGAGGGGUUUGAGGUUGUGAUGCCAGAUAAAGCAACCAUGGAACACGCAGUAAUCCCUGCUAUUGAUGCUUUAAACAGAAAAGACAUGGAAGGAGCACGGAAUCUACUGAGAAUUGCUCUCCAGGUUCUUCUGGUUAGGGCGGUUAACACAGUUAUCAUUGCAUCUGAUGAUAUGCGUGAUGUUUUGCCUCGGGAUGAUCCACUUCUUAAAAAAUGUAUUGACCCUAUGGACGCAUUGGCCAGGUCAACUAUAAAGUGGGCACAGCAAGCUGCGGAGGAAGGUACAUAAAAGCUGCUAAAUUAAUAUUUUCUAAAUGCAUUCUUAUUGUGUGUAUUUUUUGGGGGGUCUCCUUUUCAAUUACAAGUUUUUUUUUUUUUUUUUCCAUUCUUGGGGAUUAAGUUGUGAAAAUGAUCUGGAUAUUGUUGUGCACUAUUUGUGUCAAUUAAGAAAGGAUAUAAGAAGAGAAACUAGAGAGGAAAUUAGACAUAAGAAGUGCCUCUUUGUUAAAGAUUGUUGCAGAAAUCAGAUAUGUUGGUCGAAUUUUCUACCA